UAUGAUUGAAAAAUUCAUUUUAUUCUGUCCUUGAUUUGUUCUCUGGAUUUUAUCCUUAAUUUAUUUUUUGGUCAGAUAUUUUUCGGUGUAUUUGCAUUUUAUUAAAUUGUUAAUUAGUCAACAUGUUCGUCAACUUAACCCGUGGUUAUGCUUCUGUUGCUACUUCUGCUAUGAUUAGACCACCAAUUGGUUUUUUUGGAGUUGAUGGUAAAUAUACGAAUGCCCUUUACUCAGCUGCUUCCAAAACACAGAAGAUUGAUGCUGUUUCACAGGAUUUGAACAAAUUGAAGGAUGCCUAUCAAAAAGAUGCUAAAUUCCGAGAUUUCAUGAUUAACCCGUUGAUCAAGUCAUCUGUCAAGAAAGAGAUUUUGAGCAAAGUAUUACCCGAAAAGUUCAAGACUUGUGAUUUAACUAAUAAUAUGGUCGCUAUCAUGGCUGAAACUAACAAACUCAAGUAUUUGCCUCUGGUAGCUGGUAAUUUUGCUAAAAUUAUGGCUUUUAUUCGCGGAGAGCUUGACUGUACCAUCAUCACUGCUAAACCAUUGACUGAUCAGAAGAUGAAACAAGAAUUAGAGGCCAUCUUGAAGAAAUUCACCUCAAAAAAGCUUACCAUCGCAACUAAGGUCGAUCCUUCCAUUAUCGGUGGUGUCGUUGUUGAUUUUGGAGGAGAACAUUACAUUGAUAUGUCGGUGAGGAGUAAGCUCAAGUUCUACACUGAUGUGCUAAGAGAAAGUGUCUAACCUCGAAUCGGAAUAGAUGAAUAUAAACCAUCCUUAAUAGUCAAAAGCUAAGGUCAAGUUAAAUCAAUUGAAAAUUUUUUUCUUCAACUCGUUACUACAAGUGUGUUAAUUGUACAGAUGAGCUUUCAAUUAGCAUGAUGUUGUAGCUGUUGCUAACAGUUACUUUAAUGUUCUGAUUUGGAAUAAAAUGAGAAUUAAAAUCCCAAAACUGGU